UAUAGUCUGUAGCUAUCACCUAGAGUAGUAAUGUCUCUUCGAGGUCUCUCCCUUUAAGUUUAAUGCAGUCCCGCGCUUAUCUAUAUUAGGCAUCCAUCAUAUUCACCCAAUCAACCUUCGGACGUCCAUCCACGUAUAGCUGUGCCGCCAUGGAAUGACCCCGACUGCCUCGUCGCCCCCUCCGCUAACUUCACUUCCGACACCAUUCAAGGCUACUCUCACAAACAUGAAGAAAGCGUUCGAGUACUUCCUUUCCACACCCUCACAGCCUCCCGCAGGAAGUGCCCGACUAACCUCCACCCCCCGCGAAGUCUACCUCUGUGGCCCCAACGUCGUCUACAACGCCAGCAAAGACACCACGCGCCGCAUCAGCUUCGAGACGCCGACCAUCAUGAUAUACGGCUACCCGUCCCGCGGCGGCGUCAUCAUCCUCGAGGACGCUUCUCCCACGGACCUGGAAUUUCUGGCUCUGGACCGCAUGGAUCCGCCCAUGUUCAGGCAUGAAGAUGCUGAGGACGAGGACUUGUUUUGUCAGAGGUUGCUUUUGCUGGGGCCCAAGUGGUGGGAUUCACUGGCAAGGUACUGGCUGUUGAACGGUGAAGAGGUGGAUAGGGGUGAGUUGGAUGAGAGUGAUGAACCGGUGCCGACGGGGCGAGAACGGUGCUGGAUUAGUGUUGCGUGGCCUAGUGCCGGAGGGUUCGUGGUGUCCGAGUUCGACACGAAUAUGUGGGGGGUUGAGAUUGAGAAGGAGCUCGUUCCUGAGGAUGUGGCGAGGUUGCGGCUGUGCACGAGCAUGGAUGAGAAGGCGCGGAUACUGAAGGAGAGGUUUAGAGGGAAGGUGUGGGAGCAAGUGGAGGAUUAUCGGGGGAAUGCGUUUAUAGGGUGUUGGGGGUGGAAGGAGACUGGUGAAGUGGGAGAGUUUCAGAAGACAUGGGAGAAGAUUUGAAGGGCUGGGCUGGGAUAAAUGGUAGAAGGAUCCAAAGGGGGUUGGAGAAAGGAGAAAGCGUGCAUGAUUCCGAAUUGGCAAACAAGGUAUAUAAGGACUUUGUGAGGUGCAACCGUUGGCAUCUACUGGACUUUCCAAUAGACCACGAACAUCCACGGCAAGCACCAGAUCCUCUAGUGGACCGCCAACAUCUAUGGCUCUCGACUUAGAUGCUGAAUAAGUGCUGUAGGUUGUCUUAGUUUUUAUCCUGAUCGCAUGCUUUUGUACAGUUUUUCCUCUCCUUCCUCUCCUUCCUCUCCUUCUUCCUCUCCUUCUUCCUCUCCUUCUUCCUCUCCUUCUUCCUCUCCUUCUUCCUCUCCUUCUUCCUCUCCUUCUUCUCCUCCUGCUUUUCUUCUUAAAACUAGUAGGAGGUAUAUAGCGUAUACCGUACUAUUUCUAGACUAGGGAUUGCGGGGAGUGUGCACUAGAUAAAAAAAGGAAGG